CCCGCGGCCCGGAGCCCCAGGGAGAGAGCCUGCGCGCGCCGGGCCCCGUGGGCCCUCGAGGCCGCCGCGCCGUCCGGCGCGGGCGUGCACGCGGGCAUCCUCCGGAGCAAGCUGCGCGCGUCGGUCGAGGAGCUCUGCGAGGGCUGCCCCCCGCAGCUGGCGGAGUUCAUCUCCUGCUGCAGGGGCCUCCGCUUCGAGCAGCGGCCCGACUACGCGCACCUGCGCUCGCUGCUGCAAGGCAUGGGCAGGCGGGCUCACGAGGGCCGCCGGAGCGACCCGCUUGCCUACAGGUUCGAGCGCGACUGGACGUUCCGCCCCGUGGCGCGACGCAGCGAUUCGAUGGUCCAGGCCAGCGCUGCUCACUGA